CUCGUCUUCCGAUCGGCUUCACUCCAAAUGAACAUUUAAAUAUCACAUUGCCUUUAUCUUAGAUAUCAACCCCGUCAACACAUAUUCCCCACCCUAUCCAUCAUGUUCCACAACCCCUCCGCCUCAACCUGGCAACACACCGGCCCCUCCACCAACCCCUCCGUCGAGCCCUUCCACCGCAGCCUCCCCGACUAUGCCAUCACCCCUCUAAUCCCACUUCCAGACCUCGCCCAACAACUCGGCCUAGGUCACGUCCUCCUAAAAGACGAGUCCACGCGUCUCGGUCUCCCCGCCUUCAAAAUCCUCGGCGCAUCAUGGGCCAUCCACGUCGCUCUAACCAAGAAAUGUUCCCUACCUAUCACUGCUACGCUGGAUGAAUUGGGUGCGGCGGCGAGGAAGGAAGGGGUGGAGUUGGUGACGUGUACGGAAGGGAAUUGGGGUAGGGCAGUUUCACGAAUGGCGAAGUAUUUGGGUGUCAAAGCUAUCAUCUUUGUGCCUGAUUUCAUGGAUGAAGCGACGCAGGAGAAGAUUAGGAGUGAAGGCGCGACGGUGAUAGUCGUGGAUGGCGAUUACGACUUCUCCAUCUUGAAAGCGAAGGAAGAAGCAGAGAAAGGGGGGAUGUUGGUCAUGGAUGUGAGCUGGGAGGGGUAUGAUGAGAUACCUGAGUGGGUGGUGGAAGGCUACAUAACCAUGCUCACCGAAACCGACAAGCAGCUCAAAGACAUGGAUAUCAACCCCCUAACCCACGCCAUCGCCGCCGUGGGCGUAGGUUCCUGGGCCCAAGCCGUCACUAUGCACUACAAAGCCUCCUCCCUUGUCCAACCUGCGACCAUCAUAACCGUCGAACCAGAUACAGCAGCCAGCCUCAAGACGAGUCUGGAGAAAGGCAAGAUCACGCCCAUCCAAACGGGCCAUACAAUCUGCAAUGGGAUGAAUUGUGGUACGACGUCUACGACGGCGUGGGAGGUGUUGAGGAAGGGCGUGGAUGUUAGUGUUACUGUAAGAGAUAUUGACGUCCACAACGACUUGCGGUAUCUGCACACCCAGGAAAUAAAGAACGGGCCAUGUGGAGCUGCGACGAUGACGGCGUUGAAGAAGGUGUGUGGGGAUGUGAAGAUGAAGAGGGAGUUGGGGUUGGAUGAAAGGUCUGUGGUGGUGUUGUUUAGUACGGAGGGGGAGAGGGAGUAUGUUGUCCCGGCUGGUGCUUGAACCCAUAGUCUCCUAAAUGUGAUAA